AUGACUACAGUACCAUCAAAGCUCUACGCAGACGAUGUGAGUCUUCUUAUGGUCUUAAUCGACACCAACCCCUUCUUCUGGAGCACAGUCAAGAACACAUUCACAUUCUCAAACUUCCUAUCUCACGUGCUAUCGUUUUUGAAUUCGAUUCUUCUACUCAAUCAGCUCAACCAGGUUGUAGUUAUAGCUACUGGCUACAAUUCCUGUGAUUAUAUAUAUGAUUCUUCAUUGGCGGCGCCAAACCAGAGGGCGGAGAGUUUGUUGGGGAAGUUGGAGGAGUUUGUGACUAGGGAUGAGGAGUUGACCCAGCAGAACUCAGUUGAGGGUGUUGGGUCUUCUUUGCUAUCUGGGUCUCUUUCCAUGGCUCUUUGUUGUAUCCUUAAGACCAUAAUUCGUUAUAUAUUGCUCAGUUUUACAUAUUUGCUUGAUAUGGAAGUUGUUGAAAUUUACUUUGAUGAAUAG